UUCGUUGGUUGUAGAGAGAAACUGCGCUUCAUUUCGUUGCUCAGUUAUGGGAACGUGUGUGUAGGUUGACUUUGAUUUGUCGGAAACCUGUUUUUUUUUGCUUCCAAACAAUGAAGGUUGUUUGCCUUAUUGCCGCAUUUUUGUUGGCAGUCACCGCCACCCAGGGAAAAGCUGUGCCUCCCCUUCCCGAGUUUGGGAGAGUGUAUCAUGUGAAAGGCGAGAUCUCUCUACCAUAUGCUGAGAUCAAGGAGCCAAUAGAAGCCUGGUUUGACCUGGACGCAAAGUCCAGCAGAGUUGAUUACUAUCAUGGCCAAGUGUCGACUUUCCAGUUGGGAGCUGAGAAGCCGUGGGGUGCCUAUUAUAAAAUCUCCCCAGAAACCACAGAAGUGGAGCUGAACGUCAUAAAGUGCUUCCAGUCAAACGGCACAGAGGAGGAAGUUGCCAAGCCUCAGCCGUCCCUGCCUGAUGUCCAAGGCUUUCAGUUCCUGAGGAUGGAGUAUUAUGGCGGCUCUCUGUGUGAAGUCUGGCAGAACGUUACCAUGAUUGGUCACAAGAAGAACACGUACACGCUGUGGGUGUCCCGCUCUGAGAAGAAUGCUGCCAUCCCGGUCCAUUAUGAGAUGAUGGGAUACAACACGCUGUUGCACUCACAUUAUGACAAGUACUUGGUGGAUUACGAUGAGUUCAGCACUCAAGUUGAUCCGAAGAGCUUCUUGCUUCCUGAAGGUAUGACCUGUGGGGGGUUUCCUGGACCUGGAGUGGAGCAUCACAUGUUGGCCAAUCCAUUGAAGGAGCUCAUUCACACGACCUCCUCAGGGAUCCCUCAGCGCAUCUUUAACCAUUUUAAGGAGAAGUUCCAGCGCCAGUACAGUGAUGAGAUGGAGCACGAGAAGAGGGAGCACACCUUUCUUCAUAAUCUCAGAUAUGUCCACUCCAAGAACAGAGCCGGUCUUUCCUUUUCGCUCGCACUGAACUCCCUGGCAGAUCGCACUAUGUCGGAGCUGAAAACGAUGAGGGGAAGCAAACGUGGGAAGACUCCAAACCGAGGCCUGCCCUUCCCCAGAGCACUCUACAGAGACGUUGUGCUACCUGACUCAAUGGACUGGAGACUUUUCGGUGCAGUGACCCCAGUGAAGGACCAGGCCAUCUGUGGGUCCUGUUGGAGCUUUGCCACCACUGGGGCAAUAGAGGGCGCCCUCUUCCUCUCGACAGGUUCCCUGCAGGUCCUGUCGCAGCAGAUGCUGAUGGACUGUUCCUGGGGUUUCGGGAACAAUGCCUGCGAUGGAGGGGAAGAAUGGCGAGGCUACGAGUGGAUCAUGAAGCAUGGAGGCAUCGCUACGACUGAGACCUAUGGGCCAUAUUUGGGCAUGAAUGGAUUUUGCCAUGUGAACGCCUCCCAGCUGGUGGCGCGUAUUCAGAGCUAUACAAACGUCACAUCCGGUGACACAGAGGCACUCAAGAUUGCCAUCUUCAAGAACGGCCCUGUAGCUGUAGGCAUCGAUGCAUCACACCCAUCAUUUCUGUUCUACAGCAACGGUGUUUACUACGAGCCCAAGUGUGGUAACACUCCUGACGAUUUGGACCAUGCUGUGCUGGCAGUGGGAUUUGGAACGCUGAAUGGAGAACCGUACUGGUUGAUCAAGAACUCCUGGUCCACGUACUGGGGUAACGAUGGCUACGUGUUGAUGUCUACGAAGGACAACAACUGUGGUGUUGCCACGGCAGCCACUUACGUGACCCUGGCUUAAGUGUGUGCCUCUUGUGCUGCUGAGAUGUGAGGGGCUAAAUGUGAAAUUUAAAAUGUUGCUUAAUCAGGGAAUCAUCAAGCUUUUUUUCAUUCUGAAAACAUUGUGGUGCGUACAAUCGCACAGUGCCUUUCACUUUUUUGAGGCACGCAGUAUAACAAAUCUGCGCUUUACAGACUUUCUGGAACAUGGCUACACUUCAGCAGCAACAGCUCAUCCACAGUCUCAUUGGAGUCUGAGCAUGGUGGCAGGCUGUAGAUUUCAUCUGACCCAAAUAAAUGUGCAAAAGUGUGUAUAGUAGUCACAAGUUUAUUGCUGGCGCACAAAGAAUCAACAUCUGCUUGACUGGUCAACAGGUCUUGGCAUGCUUGUGCCACGACAACAGUGGCAUGAAUCGCUUCCGUUCACUCUUCUCGUUGGUGUCUGGCUACUGUUCCAGUGAAGUCAUGUGAGACAUGGCAUUUGUGCGACAGCGUUGAUGAGUAAAUAAAUGAGGAGUAACAUGGUUUAAAGACACAAC